CCAAGAUACUGACCUCAAUCACCAAACCCGUCCCCGUCGUCGCAACCAAAUCACCCGAUCGUCAGCUUCCGCGUACCUGCGACUCAGCAUCCGCGAUAUCCCUGCCAACGCAUAAACGUCGGAUCAAGCGAGGCGCAUUCUCUCGUCCAUUAACGUGGAUACGUCCGUUGGAAUCAAGAGCUUCUCGCCAGUAAAAAGCUCCUCGACUGGCUGGAAACGGAAGGGACCACCGGACGAGAUUCAUGCGAGCGACACUGCCUCGUCCUGAACUAUGCUAGACUCAUCGACUGGUCCAGCUCUCCCACUUCGGCUGACCUCGACGAACUUCUCGAAACAUCUCGACCUCGAUAUCCCGCAGCAGAGACAACGAAUUGUGUCCGAGGCGCAGACAGAAGGGAGCAGAAAUUCAAGCCUGGGGCAAAUAUGGGCAGAGGAUUAUUAUUCGCGGGAUUUGGAUCUGGCUUGUGAAGGGAACUCGGACUCUUUUGCGCUGCCUUCACUUCCGGCCACAGCACACACUUCACCUCAAUCUUUCUGCAAUGACGAAAGUCCCACGAGACGACCGCGUGCGAUAACGCAGAGGAGUCUGACUUCCUUCCUGCCAGCGAUCAUUUCCCCGAAGUCGAAAUCGAGAAGUCCUGAGAGAAGAGAUAGGAGCAAAAGUCGGAAAGGCGUGAUCAAAAUUGAAGACCGUUCUCGCGGCCUCGCCUCCUGGUUCACCGGCUCCUCAGCGGCCGUACAGGUCGGCAUACCGGGAUCAGCCAUGUCGUCCGAAGACCUUUCCCCACGAGAUAUCACGCCAAAGGAUCUCGACGCUUCUCCCUCUCCGGGUCCAGCCAAAUUGCGAAAACGAGCAACGGUAGGAUCAAGUACAGAUUCGACGAAUAGUAUAAGCACAACACCUACACCGAAAGCAGCAACGUCCAGCUGGCGCACACCAUGGUCCUCGAAAUCGCCUUCCUCUCCUCAAAAACCACUCCCCUCGAACAUCGCGGACGAUGAGCUUUUCGCGCUCGAUAUCAGCAGCGCAUUAUUCUCGUCCGGGCAGAACAAUGCAUUUUCACCGUCGGAUUACAAGAACCUACAACAGACAUCCCUCGCCCUCCUCACGAAAUUCCAAUUAGCAUACCAAUCCCGAACAAGACAGUUUUUUGAACUCCGAUCUGAAACAGAAGUAGAAAGAGAAGAAGCCGAGGAAACCGAAACCCGCGUCCGAAGUCUACGGAGCCAGCUCCAAGACAUGGCUUCCAAGUUCUCGGCGCAAGAGGAGAUAAUCGGGAAUCUCGUCACGGAACUAGCGGAAGAGAAGCGUGCUCGUGCUGAAGAACGAGAGGCUCGAGAAAAAAGCAUCCAGUUGGUUAAAGAAAGAGCGGAGAGGGCCAGCAAACACACUUCUGCCAGUUCGGCGUCGAGUCUUGGUCUGGGACUGGAGGGCGGGAUUGAAGAUCUCGGCAUCCGCAGCGCGCAAAGAGGGAAAUGGGGCCAUGGAUCUCUCGACUUAUCUUCUGCAGGGGAUAGCGAUGCGGAGAGCCUGAACGCUGAUUCUGUCUUCUCUCGCUCUCGAAGUCCUACCUUGACGGUAUCUUCCACUGGACCUUCCGUGUCCGGGACAGUCGAUUCUACGCCAGAAAUUGGCCAGGCAUCAUUCACCCGCCUCGUCUCAGUCCCCAACCCUGCUCUCCCCUCCUCCAACACCUCCACCCCGCGUCCUCCAAAAGUCCAGCAGAAAUCCACGUUCCAGAAAAUUCUUACGGGGUUAAGCCCCGGUGCAAGUAGCGGAGACACGGAAAGAGGUGAAAAGGAUUUCUACGGUGGGAUCGGCAUGGGCGAAACAGGGUGCGAGAAUUGUAGAGGGAAGGAUUCAAGCGUGGCUUGGGAUACAGUCGGUCUUUUGAGGGCGGAGAAUAAGGGGCUGAAGGAACGGGUGGGGACUCUGGAGGUGGCGGUGGAGGGGGCGUUGGAUUUGUGUUCUGGAUUGCAUGUUGCGUAGAAUGAGAGGGGAAGUAGCAUUAUACCCUUGAUGUGUUGUUGCAGCAAACAGGCUGCCUGCAUGUUAUACUUGGAUGAAUGGCGGCGUUUUGGCUCUUUUUCUGGGUAUGAGGAAGACAUGAGGAGCAUAGAUGGCGGGGACUGGAUGGAGUCCAGCUUGCAUCGAGCAGAGCAUAGCAUAGCAUAGCAUUGGAUGAUUCAAAUGAAGCAUUUUUACACAUCACCCCUCAACUCACUUCCCUCUGCCGGAUUUUACACUU